CUGCUCAGCGGCUCCCCCGGCUGCGCUGACACCAGCGUGACGCACGGAGAGCGAGGGCGCACCGCGGCUGGAGUCACAUUGGAUUAGAGCCAGAGACAGCAGAGAGAGCACCAAGUUGAGAUGCUGUGAGAGCUCGUGGUUAGGCUACAGUGUGAGUGAGGAGGAGGAGGAUGCUCCCGUCUCGCGCAUGUUUUUGUCUGAUAAGUUUGGACUGAAAUUACGCGGAAAGGAGCGCGCUCGUCUGUCUGGGAUGUAUUUCUCUGAACUGCGUUAAAAGAAAAGGUGAUGUGGAGCCGUUUUGGGGCUGUGGAGAGAUUUUGCGGUGCGAGAGGAGCGGAACAAAGCGUGCGCCAGGCUGAACACAAAUCUGGGUAAACAAAUAUGACGGCCGAUUUUACUGCUUUCUCGCGUCUGCUGAUGUGCAACGAAAUCACGAACAGAUUGACAAACCUCGGCUGAUUCUGGAUUGUAAUUUUUUUUAACAUUUUCUCCAUUUUUAAUUUCUUGAAGACAGAGGGGAUCUUAUCUCGGUGGCGCAUCUAUCUCCCUGCGCGUAAUGGGAGAAAAGUUUCGGACCCUUGCAGAGGAGUCGCACUUGCAGCAUUCCGCCGACGACUCGAUUUUGAAAUAACAUGUGAACCCCCCCUCUGACCCUGCAGCGACUGACGGGAGUUUGAAAGUAAAUUAGAGUUAUUCAGUAUGACUUGAAACAGCCUCGGGGUUAUCAGAGCUCGCAUUAAGCCAGUUAACGAUCCGUGAACCGCCGACCCGAUUUGUCCAAAGACGCGCAGACGGACAUUAAUGAUCUAGAGAGGAUUUCUUCAGCAGCAGCAGCAGCAGCAGCAGCAGCAACGAAGUGAAGAACUGAACACUCCAAGAGAGAGAGAGAGAUAGAGAGAGAGAUUCCCUCCUGGAUGUCUAUGAUGUUGUGCCAGCUCGGGCAGAGGUGUGUGAUGGAGGUGGUGCUGCUGACCAUCCUGUCCUGGGUGUCAGUGUGGGCGGAGGAGAAGAUCAUAUUUGACAGACACGCUGUCUACUGGAACAGCUCCAACCCCAAAUUCUGGCAUGGAGAGUACAGGGUGGCAGUGAACAUCAACGACUAUCUGGACAUCUACUGUCCUUACUACGAGGGUCCUCCAUCCCAUGGGCGCAUGGAGCGUUACAUCCUGUUCAUGGUCAACCACGAGGGCUACACUUCCUGCCAGCACAGGAUGCGUGGCUUCAAGCGCUGGGAGUGCAAUCGCCCCAGCGGUCCAGACGGACCCCUGCGCUUCUCAGAGAAGUUCCAGCUCUUCACCCCUUUCUCCCUGGGCUUCGAGUUCAGGCCUGGACACGAGUACUACUACAUCUCGUCUCCUCACCCAAACCAUGUGGGGCGAGCAUGUCUAAAGCUGAAGGUGUAUGUCAGACCUCCAGAUGGGUCGGGAUAUGAUUCUCCGGAGCCCUUCCUGACUGACGGAGGUCCAAGCUGGAGGCCAGGGGGGUCUGUGGCCCUGUUAGCCGCUCUGGCCUCGCUGCUCCUGGGCCUCUUCUCCUGGGUGUGACCCCUUCCUCUCCUCCUCCUCCUGGAGCUCCCACCCCGAGGUCGCUGGGCUGGGCUGGCUGUCCCUUUUUAAAUCCACCACCCCUCAGGGAAGCCCUCUGUCUCCGUCCUCCCCUUCUCCCACCUUCCACCUCCCUUAUACGACCACCAACCACCCCCACUGCCAGCCCCUUCCAUGGCCCGGCCACGGACACCCUUCCCCGGCCUGGCUGAGAGGAUAUGGGGUCUUGUUUUGGAAGCUGAUACCAGAUUUGUGGGUGGAACAGCACCUCUCAGCUGAGAAACACAAGGGAAAUGUCUCUGCACUCAUAUCAGGGGGUCCUUUUUUUGAUUUGACUAUUGACUCCUGGCCGCUGAUGGGGUAGAUGUAGCCGCAGCUAUGAUUAAACUUGUCGUUCCAGGGCAAAUUCCUAUCAUGCAAUCACGGCAGGAUGCAUUAAGCGACAGGCCUGGAUGCACAAAAAUUGGAUUUUUUCUCCUAUUGCUGUCCCAUUGUCAAACCAAGAAUUGGAGGUGGCCAAGCUUGCAUUGUAAUUGAAAUUUUAUAUUAUCUGGACCCUUUCCAAGUCUGCAAGGAGCAAAUGUGCGGAGAUGAAGAGGAGAGGAGUGACCUGAGCUGUGCAGAAGAGAAAGGGAAACCAAUGCGGGCACAGUUUUGAAUGGCCGUAGGGGAAAUGUAAUAUUAUAUGUGUUGAUAUUUUAGGACCAGUGUAGAUUCACAGAAAUGUGAGAUAAGAAUCACAGUUUUAUUUUUUAUGAGAAGGUCAGAUUUCACAUUCAAAUGACAAGUAUAAUCAU